UCUCGCAGUCAAUACAGACCUACCGAAAACAAAACCUACAAAUCAAUAUGUUCAAGUUGGUGGUAUUGUCUGCUCUCCUCGCCGUAGCUGCCGCUGCUCCUCAUGUCGUCGAAACACCUUUAGUCUACUCCGCGCCCGCAGCCGCUGUUGCCGUUCAAGAGCCCGUUCUUGCCAAAGUGGGUUCAGUGGUGAAAAGUAUACCCACCGCUGUCUCCCACCAGAGCUCCACUGUUGUGCACAGUUCUGCUGUCUCUGUUGAGGAUGUCGUUGCUCCUGCCGUGAAAACCACCUACUCGGCGCCCGUUGUUGCUGCUGCUCCAGUAGUGAAGACUGUCGCUGCUGCCCCUGUCGUACACACCACCUAUGCCGCAUCUGCUCCAGUUGUGCACGCUGCUCCAGUUGUUCACUCUGCUCCAGUUGUUCACUCUGCUCCAGUUGUUCACGCUGCUCCUUUGUUACACACCACCUAUGGUGCUGCUGUGGUUUCUGCUGCUUCUCCACUCACCUACACCGCUCACGGUUUGUGGUAAACGAAACGAAGAAAAGACGGCCGGAAUAUUUAAUAAUGGAUUAACUGAUGGACAA